GCUGAAAUUGACGUCCCUUCCGAAGCGGUUGCUGUGGGAGUAGCUGUAAUUGCACUUUUCGCUGACUCAAGUGAAUUUGCUGACGUGAUCAUGGUGGUUGUCUGCGUAGCAGUAGACGUCGUUGGAGUCAUACUAGCUGCCGUAUCUGUGGUUGAUGAUGUUAUCGUACUUGGCGCUUGUGUUACAGUUGUCGACACCGACGUCGUAGAAGGCGCAGCGCUUGUUGUCGUUGAAGUUUUUGCAGAAGAUGCUGCUGAGCUAAAGUCUUCGGUUGUAGUUUCUUCCAUCUUCGUCAUUUCCAUAGCAAGCAGUUUUACUGGUACCGCUGCAGUCACGUUUGCUGUAGUCGUCAAAAUCACAGUGCUUGUCUGCUCGUUAUCGCUAGUCGUAGCUGCCACUGUGGUACUUAUUUUGGGUUCAGAUGUGGUCAUUGCGACAGUUGCAGUACCAGUCGUUGCGGUAGUUUCUGCUAAUGUCGUUGCCAAUGUACUGCUAGAUGCUCUCCUAGCCCUGAUAGUCUCGGUUGUAGUGCUUGAUGUGAUUUCUGCCGAUGUCGACGCCAAUGUACUAGAUGAUUCAGUGGUUGAAGCAGUUCUGAUACAACAUGCCGUAGUGGUGUUAGUUUUAGUCUCGAUCGAUACCGAUGUCGCAGUCUUGGCUCCAGUGCUUGUUGUAAUAUCCGCUGAUGUCGAUACCAAUGUACUUGGUGCUUGA